AUGCAAUAUCUAGUAGGCGUCAAGAAAGAUCGCAAGGGUAAGGCGACAAGAGCCCAAAAUUUUGAGAUGCCUGCGAUCAAGAUGAAAAAUAACAUGAUCGAGGAAGUGUCGCAAUAUGGGUUGAUCUUCUGUACGGCUCCGCGGCAAGGUUUUCUGCGCCCACCUUGCGCUCUCGUCAGCGUCAUCAGAUCAGAGCUCAAUGGGGCUGUGUUGCCAGACGCUGUCAGAAAGCAUAGCAAGGAGGAACUCAUUGCUUUCUUCAGAGACAUGCAGACCUCCAUUGCCGAGAGCUCGCCUAAAGCUUCCAGGAGGACGAGGAAGCCGCCGCCUGACCCGUUCGAAGAGGUUGACAAGAGGAAGCAGUCAUAUGGCAUGGAUGGAGAUGGUGGCGCCGAUGAUUUUUCAGAGGAACAGAGAAGGAUGGUAAAUCUGGAGGACAUGAAGGUGGCUGAUCUGAGGGAACUGGCGAGGGCGAGAAGGAUGAGGGGCUACUCCAAGUUAAAGAAGGGUGAGCUGAUUGAUCGUUUGAAAGGGGUUGUCAUGUAAACUUGUCCAUGAUCAAGAGUAAGCAGAUGUUAUGGGGGGCUACUGGAACUGUAAUGAUUAGAUUGACGUUCUCUCUUCAUAUGUAUGGUGAGAGUACACAUGUUCUAAGAAAAUGUAUGAUGAGAUUUUUCCAAAAAGAAAUUUAUGAUACGACCCCGCAGGCUAGUGGUACUGACUA